UGCAUCUCUGGUUCUUACUAGCAAUGAAACAAGUGUGAAACCCUUCCAGCUUCGGAGAUAAAGACCCUGGCGUAGACCGGAAGGGGAAAUUAUGUCCGACAAAUACUCCACGUGACUCGCCUCCAGCGAUCCCCAUCCCAACGGCUCCGACUAACCAUCCCAUCGUCAACCAACUAAUGCGUAUCUGACCCGCCUAUCAUCUCUCCCUCAUCCCUUACUGCACCUCUUAUCAGAUCUAAUGGCCCCUGACAUCCCCAGACCUCCUACGCUGCGCAGAUCAUGCCAAGCCUGCGCCCGCGGCAAACGCCGCUGUGACCAGCGCUGGCCACGCUGCACUCGCUGCCAAACGCGGAGAAUCGACUGCGAAUACGUCAAUAUUCCUCUCACCGUGGGCUCAGACAGAUCCUCCAGUCCAGAGAGAACCACCGCCCCAACGCUCCAACUGACUCGCAAGCGGCCCUCCACACCAUCCAUUCACCUCCCUCUACCAUUAGAAAUCACCAAAGGCUACUCCCAAAACAUCAUCGCCUUCCUGGUCUCAGGGAUGCGCUCAUACCCAUCCUCGUUCGCAAGCAACAUGAAAACCCACUUCAUCCAUCCAGACCUCUGGCCUCAUCCUUCCUCCCCACCGUCUCAAAUCCGGGACAUCCACGCCCUCUGUAAACUACACACCACAACCAACUCCGCCACUCUCCUCCCCCUUAUCAAACAGAAGUCCUCUUCUCUCCUUCGCCAGAUUAACCACACCACCAGCUUCGAGGAGAUGCUUGCAACUGCUCAAGCUCUUCUCCUAGCGCAGUGCAUGCUCAUCCUCGCAGAGGACGAUCCCGCCACUGCCCGGUACUCGGAAUCAAUUAGCACCAUGCUGUUCAACCUCGGGCAGAAGCUCUGGCAGCAGGCUCCUGUACAGUUACCGGGUAGUUUGAGUCCGCGACGAGCGUGGCUGUUUGCCGAGAGUGUUCGCCGGACCAUCAUUGUGGGGUUUAUUCUCCGCAGUGUGUAUUCCCUCAAGAAGCGAAAUUACUCCGUCCGCACCCCGUUCGUGGACUCCUUGCCGUUUGAUGUCCGGACCUCGCUGUGGGAUCAGGAUACUCAGGGCUGGAACACCGGAGUUGGAGAAUCCUUGGAUUUCAUGGUCUCGUUGCAUCAGUACUCGAGUAUGAUGGAGCAGGGCAUGAUCCAUGGGAUUUCAGACUUUGGGGGCUUGAUCCUCGCGGCUUGUAAGGGACGGGCGGUAGCUGGGCUACCUUAUCCGCCUGCCCGCGGAUACAAGGUAUACUAGCUUGUGUCUUACCACAUCCCUGCCAUCAGGAACAAGUAAGACCCCCAAAACAAACCCGUCAUUAAUCC